GGUUUGACCGGGCCGGCGUUAGUGCGUGCGCGAGCUCUGGCGCGUGCCCGCUCUCCCGCAACUGCCAGAAGCCCGGGGUGGGAGGGGUGGGUCUGGGAACGUUGCGGCGGCGGCCGCCGCGGCCCCAGCCCCCAGGGCUAUUCCCGGUCCGAGUUUGCGCCGGGGACUCUUCCGUCGUCUCCUCAGGCGGCGCUCACCCGGCCCUAGAUGGUGGGUCCGGAGGAUGCAGGAGCCUGUUCGGGAAGAAACCCCAAGUUGCUCCCGCUGCCGGCGCCGGAGCCCGUGGGCCAGGACAGGAAGAUGAUCCGGGCCACGGGCGGCUUCGGUGGAGGCGUCGGCGCUGUGGAGCUGCCGGUGGAGGAGGAGGAGGAAGAGGAGAAGGAGACGCCGCCUCAGCAGCUCCUUCGGCGCUACCUCGCGGCGGCCGGGGGACAGCUGGAGCCGGGGCUGUGCUACUGUCCACUUCCCGCUGGCCAACCCCGCGCGCCGCCGACCCCGGCAGCCCCGCGCUCGGACGCCUGCCCGCGGGACUCAGGCUCCAAGCACCGAGGCGCGGAGGCGGCGGAUGCCCGUGCGCCGCGGCACAGAGGCAUGACCAACGGGGAUUCGGGCUUUCUGCCGGGCCAGGACUGUCGCGACCUGGAGGAGCCUCGAGAGCUGGCCCGCGCGGGCGGCCGGGACCCGCGCCACCGCCGCCUUCCCCCGGAGGGGCCUGGCGACGAGGGCGCGGACGGUGAGGGCAGUCCGUCCGACUGGGCCGCGCCACUCGAGCACCCGCUGCGGAGCUGCUGCCUGGCGGCGGCGGACGCCGACAAGUCCCAAGGUGCGAGCAGCGGCUCGGGGGGCAGCCCGGCCAGCGACAGCAGCAGUAGCGAGGACUUGGAGCGGCCGGGAGCCGGCGCUGGGGGUCCGCAGGAGGGCUCGUUGGCCGCCGCCUCCGCCGAGAGGACUAGCUCGGGCGCGGAGUCGCGCCCCGGCGUCUCGGACGUUCACGUGAACUCUCGGAACACGUUCGAGGUGAGCCGCGACCACCUGCCCCCAGCCGGGCCGCCGGUGCCCGCGCCCGCCGCGGAGCAGGGCGCCGCGGGGACCUCGGCCCGGGCUCGACGGAGCGGCGGUUUCGCCGACUUCUUCGCCAGAAACCUUUUUCCAAAAAGGACAAAGGAACUCAAAUCAGUUGUCCAUAGUGCUCCUGGUUGGAAAUUAUUUGGUAAAGUCCCUCCCAGAGAGAAUCUUCAGAAAACUUCCAAAAUCAUUCAACAGGAGUAUGAAGCACGAACAGGGAGGACCUGUAAACCACCACCUCAGUCUUCAAGACGUAAGAAUUUUGAAUUUGAACCACUUUCUACCACCGCCCUGAUUCUUGAGGAUCGACCAUCAAAUCUUCCUGCCAAAUCUGUGGAAGAAGCUUUACGUCACCGACAAGAAUAUGAUGAAAUGGUGGCUGAGGCUAAAAAACGAGAAAUUAAAGAAGCCUAUAAAAGGAAAAAAAUAAUGAAAGAACGAUUUAAACAGGAAGAAAAUAUCGCAAGUGCAAUGGUAAUUUGGAUCAAUGAAAUACUGCCCAAUUGGGAAGUAAUGCGUAGUACAAGAAGAGUUCGAGAAUUGUGGUGGCAGGGAUUGCCCCCUAGUGUUCGUGGGAAAGUUUGGAGUCUAGCUGUAGGAAAUGAACUAAAUAUCACUCCUGAACUUUAUGAAAUCUUUCUCUCGAGAGCAAAAGAACGAUGGAAAAGCUUUAGUGAAACAAGUUCAGAGAAUGAUACAGAAGGUGUAUCUGUUGCUGAUCGGGAGGCCAGUCUGGAAUUAAUUAAGUUGGACAUAUCCCGUACAUUUCCAUCCCUUUACAUCUUCCAGAAGGGUGGUCCAUAUCAUGAUGUCUUACAUAGUAUCUUAGGGGCAUAUACGUGUUACAGACCUGAUGUUGGUUAUGUCCAAGGGAUGUCCUUCAUAGCAGCAGUUCUUAUUCUCAAUUUGGAAGAGGCAGAUGCCUUCAUUGCGUUUGCAAAUCUCCUCAAUAAGCCAUGCCAGUUGGCCUUUUUUCGUGUGGAUCACAGCAUGAUGUUGAAAUAUUUUGCAACGUUUGAAGUAUUUUUUGAAGAAAAUCUCUCCAAACUAUUUCUUCAUUUUAAAUCUUACAGUCUUACACCAGACAUAUAUUUGAUAGACUGGCAAAGUAUCAUACAUAAUGAUACUAUAAAACCAGAAAGUGAAGCUUCAGUUUUUCCUGAUCUAGGCACUAUUGAUAAUGUUCUGGCUACCACGAAGGAAGAAACUUCACUGGCUGAACACUUCGCUCUGAGGCUGCUGCAGCUGAGAGAUCUUGGGAUCUCUGGAAACAAAAAACAAAAAACAAAAAACUGGCAGAAGGUAAGAAUUCAUACCACAUCCAUCUCCUGGAUCUUUGCCUGCAGGGUUUGGUGGAAGCAAGAGUCCUUUCUUGUCCGUUUCUAAAUUUAGAUUUGCAGGAGGAAUUAUUUGUGAAACUAGUUCCUUUGGCAUAGCAACUCUGGUAAAGAUUUAUUGUGAGUACUCUUGAUUUUUAUUGAUCCUUUUCCUCCCAGAGAUGGUCACUGUUUUUCUUUGUUUCCAUCUAUCUUUGGCAUAGGCCCAUAAGUUGGCUGUUCAAGCCAGCAUUGUAGACUGGUGAGUUCACAAUUGUCACCAGACCAGCAUCUGUUUAGACAAACCGUUGUGAGCUAAUGGGCACAUGAGGUAAAGGCUCCUGAUAAGGGACAUCUUUGAAGCCAAAGCUACAAAAUUGGUGGGCACAAGUCAAGCACUUUGGAGCUGUUAGGGUGCUCUCCAACUAACUCAAAGACACCUGUGUUAGGAUAAGUUGGUUACUGAAUGGGUUGCAUUGACACCAGGUCACCUGCCAACCUCAAGGAAAUAAUCUGUGCAACAAGGUACACUGUGAAACACCACACAGUCCCCAACCCAGGGGAGUUUGGCUCCGAGAAACCCAAGGAUUAGGGGUGCCUGGGUGGCGCAGUCAGUUAAGCAUCCGACUCUUAAUCUCGGCUUAGGUCAUGAUCUCAGUUCAUGGGUUUGAGCCCCGUAUCGGGCUCUGUGGAUAGCGUGGAGCCUGCUUGGGAUUCUGUCUCUCCUCUCUGUCCCUCCCCACUUGUGUGCACGCAUGCAUGUGCUCUCUCUAAAUAAAUAAAUAAACUGAAAUAAAAUUAAAACACCAGGGAUUAGCUAAAGCUGUUAAUAUGCACAAGAGGAAAACCAGGUGAAGUUUUCCUUUUGUCUUGUACUGUGUCUUGAAAGCUUGGCUUUGUGACCAGUGAGAAUAUUGUCUCUGGUCUCUGGCAGCUGGGAGGUACGUGUACCAAUAUGCAUCUUGGUGGACGGUUGAAUAGACUGGGGUUCCCAGUUACAAAGUCAUAAGCAGCAUUCUCUUCAUCUGACUUUGUCAGCUUCAGACAAGUGUAUCAUAAGGGGCUUUGUCAUCUCAGCCUUCAUUGUUUUGUUGGUGCUGGAAAAAAUCGGAUUCCAGAAGUGCCUGCUCCGUGUCACAGAUUAGUGAGUCUAUGAUUGGAAGUACCUCUUGUGGGAAACCAAGACACUGUUUCCACUAUGCAGUUCUUAAUGCCUCUAACCCUGUGAUGAGGAGCUUUACUUUCCUAGACUAUCUUCGGAGUGAAUGUUUUGGAUCACGGGGGCUGCAUCUUCUGCACCUGCUCCAGGGAUGCCUAUUGUGUUCGUGGUAACAAUUUAUUCUAAUCUCAAAGAGUUACCUCUGAGUUAUUCCACAAAAAGGCUUAUUGAAUGGAGUUGCUAUUAUAACAAAUAUAUCUUUGAAGGUCUUACUCAUCAAUGGCUAGAUGAUGGAUUUCUUGAACUGCAAAAGCUUUUACAAUUGAAAAAUUUUUAGAGAGUUCUCAUCCUAAACAGCUCUUUUAUUGGUACCUAUGGGAAGACCAAAUUGAAAAGAGGACACAAGAAGUAUAACAGCUAGCUUUAGGAAUUCCCUUAAUAAGAGGAAAGAACAGAAAUUGAACUUCGAACAAAAAUUAAAGACCACAUCUUAUGUAAAUCUUCCCUUCUCCUCCCUUUCAUAUGCCCUUUUAUGUCUGACUUUCCCUGACCCUUCAGAAGAUCUUUUGUAUCUCUGAGCCCAGGGUCUAAGCCCACCUCUCAAAGCCCUACACCAUCUCCUCAGCCAAUUCUCUUAGAUCCUAAAACUUCUCCAGUUUCUCCAGAAAAUCCAUUAAAUACCCAGUUGCCUGCUUUAACUUCCUUUUGUUUACAAGAUUUACAAAGAGCACUCUGGCUUGAUCUCCAGGCCCAGGGUGUACAGGUUACUUAUGUUAAUACUAAAAGAAGCCAGGAAGCAAAUGUAGCACAAGCACCUAAGAAGGGCAGUGGGCACCUAAGAAGGGCUGUCUUUACUAUUCUUAUAACUCCUCCUAGUUUCCAGGUCUCUAUAUCCAGUCUCUGCCAGCUUCAGGCAUUCCUAUGCAGUGUAUUUUGCCGAAGUAUCCUGACCUCCACUGCAAAGAAUUCAUGUUCCCUGGACAACAGCAGACCUUUUAAAUUACAAAGACCUUUUACCUCUACUUUCAGAAGAUCUCACCAAAUUUAGAGUUGAGUUCGAAAGAUUGGUGACCAUUAACACUUCCACUCACAGGAGCUGUAUUGGCUACUACGGGGUGUUCUUCUUGUCCAGGAUUAUACUGUAUAAUCAAGACAAGCCACACAGCCCCCUGGGGAAAACCCCACACACAGAGGAAACAGGGCCAGAAUUUCUUCCAGGCCCUCCUACAAAUGACCAGGAAAUGGCUCAGCUGAAGACUCAUAUUCAAGGCUUGCUUGAUAGGAACAAUAUUGGAGAAUUUCCCCCCACUUAGCAUUGGUCUAAGGUUGAAUUUUUCACUCACAAAGGAGAGCAUCCAAAGACCUUUGUUGAACACUUUUAAAAGAAUUGUUUAUUUAGGGGCACCUGGGUGACUCGGUUAAGCGUCCGACUUCGGCUCAGGUCAUGAUCUCACAGUUCAUGAGUUUGAGCCCUGUGUCAGGCUCUAUGCUGACAGCUCAGAGUCUGGAGCCUGCUUCAGAUUCUGUGUCUCCCUCUCUCUCUCUGCCUCUCCCCCAUUCACACUCUCUCAAAAAUAAAUAAAAACAUUAAAAAAAAUUUUUUUUAAUGUUUAUUUGAGAAAGAAAGUGUAAGCCAAGUCAGCAAAGAGCCUGACUUAGGGCUUGAUCCCACAAACCACAGAUCAUGACCUGAGCCAAAAUCAAGAGUCAGUUACCUAACCAACUGAACCACCCAGGUGUAGUUGAACGCUUUAUACAGACUUUUCAGUAACAUACCACAUUGAACACAGAAGCCCUAGUACAUAGAAAUCUUUUAAUUUCGCUGUAGUGGGAAAAUUUCUCCCUAUUAUAAAAAAAAAGCAUGGUGGGGGUGCCUCAGUGGUUCAGUUGGUUAAGCAUCCAGCUUUGGCUCAGGUCAUGAUCUCAGAGUUCGUGAGUUCAAGCCCUGCACUGGGCUGUGCACUGGUAGUGCAGAGCCUGUUUGGGAUUCUCUCUCCUUCUCUUUCUCUGCCCCUUCCCCACUUGUGCUCUCUCAAAAUAAACUUUUUAAAAAGUUAAAAAAAAAUACAAGAGGAAACAGUUAAAAGCAACAAUGCUUGCUUUACAACUUGAAUCUCUAGAAAAGCAAAAGCAUGACUCUGAGAGUAACUCAGAAUCUACUUAUAGCCCUUCCCAUUUGUCUCCAGGCAGUUGCAGGUACUGUAAAAAAUCAGGAAGAAAUUUUGGAGGAAAAACUGGCCUACACUUAAGAGAAAGGAAAGUUUACAGAACAACAAAACAAUCUAUCUAGACCCAUCACCCCCAGAAGGUUUUUCUCCUCCUGUGGGACAGUUCCCCCAUAAAUCACAGGAUCAGCUGAUCCUCACCUGCACCCAGAGUCUACCAUUAAACCUAAAAUAGAGGAUUAGGAACUGGAUUUCUUUCUUUUUUUUUUUUUUUUUAAAGUUUAUUUAUUUUGAGAGACAAAGAAAAUGCUAGUGGGGAGGGGCAGAGAGAAGGGGAGAAUCUCAAACAGGCUCCUCACUGUCAGUACAGAGCCUGACACAGGGCUUGAACUCACUGAACUGUGAGAUCAUGACCUGAGCCAAAAUCAAGAGUUGGACACUUAACUGACUGAGCCACUCAGGCGUCCCAGGAACUGGAUUUCUUAAUUGACGCUGGUGUGACUUUCUCUACCACCUGUUCAGAGGAUUUCUCUCUGCCUGUCACCUCUGAUUCUAUUCAAGUUAGAGGAGUCUCUGGGCAACCUAUUUCAUUGCCCAUAUCCCAGCUCACCCCAAUAUCCUUAGGCCCUCUUUAACAGCCAUAAUGCUUUUCUAGUGUCCAGCUCCUCACCAGCACACCUUUCGGAUGGAGGUUUGUUAUGUAAAUUUAAUGCCACUAUAAAAUGUAAUAAAGGCAUUUUUAUUUCCCUAUCCUCAAACCAAACCCCAGAUUUCCUACUUUGCUUACUAGAAAUUUAUCUCAAUUUAAAUUCUUCUGAAAAGGAUGAGUGUUUAAAAGAUGUCCCAAUUGGGGUCCCUGGCUGGCUCAGGCGGUGGAGCAUGCGACUCUUGACCUCAGGGUCGUGAGUUCAAGUGAGUGAGUGCCUGAGUAAAUACAUACAUACAUACAGUCCCAAUUAAUCUCUGGGCUACACAUGCAGAUGAACUUGAAUUGUUACGGAGUACGGAGCCUGUGCACAUCACUUGGAAAAAGAAUAAACAGCUUCCAUCAGUACUAGCCCAAUAUCCUUUUCCCAGAGAUGCAGAGUUAGGAAUUGGGCCUAGAAUAGACUUUCUCUUGCAGCAGGGUAUACUUGUCUUUACUUCCUCACCCUGUAACACUCCAAUCUUGCCAGUAAAGAAAGAAUGUAAAUUUGACUCAGGCAGGAACCAAAUUUAUUAAUUUGUACAAGACUUAAGAGUCAUAAAAUCUUCCAUAAUUCUUCACAACCCUGUAGUCCCUAGUUCAGCUACUAUUCUCACCUCAGUGCCUGCUGAUGCAGCCUGGUUUACAGUAAUUGGCCUCUGCUCAGCUUUCCUUUCAAUCCCAUUGAAUUCUGACUCACUCUUUGCCUUUGCUUUUAGAGGGAGACACUUAAUGUAGACUUCCAGACUUCAGGGAUAUUGUGAAUCUCCUCUGUGGUUUCCCAAGUCCUUAAAGCUGACUUGUUCUGUAUUCUUCACUCAAGGUUCCACUCUUGCUAUAUGUUGGUAACUUUUCACUUUGUAAUCAAAUUAGGGAGCUCUUACACUCUCCCUCAUUCUCCUAAAGGCGCUAGCUGAAUGAGGCUGUAGAGACCCCAGAUCUAAACUUCAGUGGGUGCAAACAACUAUUACCUACUUAGGACAUGAGGUACCUCAGGGGAGGGCACUCAAAAGCUCACCCCAAAAUGCUUUGAGUCAAUUUUGUCCAUUCUUUUUCCCAAAAUGAAAAAAGUGAUGUAUAUUUCUAGAGCCAGCUGACUACUGCUGCCAAUGGAUUCCUAAUGUUACUGCUUUACUAAACCUCUGUAUGCCCUCUUCCCACAUACCACUCCAGAGACCCAUUUCCUGGCCUUCAGAGGCACUAACCUCCUUUAAGACCUUAACGUUGUCCACGCCCCUAGCUCUUGGCUUACCUAAUUUUGACCAACCUUUUUCUCUAUACUGCCAUGAAAAUAAUGGGAGUGCUGCAGGUAUUGUAGGACAACCUUUUGCCUCCCAGAUACGUCCUACAGCAUAUUUCUCAUGCCAGUUAGACCUUGUGGCAUCAGGGAUGCCCUCAUGUUUGUGUGCAAUAGCUGCAGCUGCCACCUGGAUUGACAGCUUUCAUUAGGCUCCCUCGUUCACCUCUAAUUUUGUCAUGUUGUGUCUGCCCUCUUAAAAGUUCAUAAGGCAUAGCACUUCUCUAUAUGGUGACAACCACUUAUGAACAGGCUCCUUUGACCAACCCUUGUAUCAUCUUACGUCAUCUUACAUUUUUUUUUUAAGAUUUUAAAACAGGUUUUAAUGUAAUUUCUAACUCCAGUGUGGGGCUUGAACUCACGAUCCUGAGAUCAGGAAUUGCAUGCUCUACGGACUAAGCCAGCCAGGCACCCCAACAAUUUCUUUUUGAGUAGGCUUGAGUUAAUGACCCCAAGAUCAAGAGUCUCUUGCUCUACUGACUGAGUUAGCCAGGAGCCCUGGUUGUAACAGUUUAAGUAUUUUACUGCCCCUCCCUGAUGAUGGAGAGCCCCACUCCAUUUCACAUGAUUGCACUGCAACUGUAGAAAUGAUUUCAAAGCCACGAGAGGACCUCUAAGAUACCCCUUUGGACAACCUAGAUGUACUUCUAUUUUUUUUUACCUAAUUUUGGAAAAGAAAUUUCCAGGGAAACAUAAUAGUUUCCUCACAUGAAAGAGUUGAAGCAUAUUCUUUACCAAUGUAAAAUCAGCCCAAGCUGCCAAACACAGCUGUUACUAGAGCUGGCAUAUUGGCACAAGGGAAAACUAUACUUACUUACACAGACUUUUAGAGUCUGCCAUGCUGUUGGCACAAUUUGGAAAUCCCAUGGAUUCUUAACUUCUACAUUAUUCCUAUUGCUAAUGGACAUAUAGUUGUUACCCAAUUAAGCUAUUCACCUCUCUUCUAAAAACUGUCUUUGUUCACUGUUCAGCCCAUACCAAGCAGGCUGAUACCAUAUCAUUAGGAACUGAUAGGGCUGUUAAAUAUCCCACUGCAAAUGAACCCCCUAUCCUUUUUCCACCUAAUUUUUAACCCUGCUUUUUCUUGGCUGACAUGAUUAAUGCUAAGGCAAAUGCCCCACAAUCUGAAAAAGACAAAUAGAUACAAAAGCGUGCCCGUUAUCAGAGAGGUUAUACAUUGGGACAAACAUGACCUUUUGGCUUGUACUUAUCUCCCACCAAAUGAGACACACAUGCAGAUGGGAGAUAGUUAAGGAACUAAAAACAAUUGGUUUUGUCUUGGCUUCCACAAACCUUCUGAUUAAAGUAUUUCCCAGUGUACCACUUGUAAAUCUCACCAAAUUUCUGGAAUAAAUCAGUACAACCAUACCUUGUUUUAUUGUACUUUGCUUUAUUGCACUUUGUAUAUAUUGCAUUAUUUUUACAAAUUAAAGAUCUUUAUCUGGCAACCCUAUGUUGAACAAGUAUAUGGGUGCCAUAUUUCCAAAGGUAUUUACUCACUUUAUGUCUCUGUGUCAUAUUCUGGUAGUUCUCACAGUGUUUCAAACUUUUUCAUUAUUUGUUGUGGUGAUCUGUAAUCAGUGAUUACAACUUGCUGAAAGCUCAGAUGAUGGUUAGCAUCUUCUAACAACAAAGUAUUUUUUUUAAUUUUUCUAAGUUUUUUUAAAAUUUAUUUUGAGAGCAAGCAAGAGCAAGCAGGGGAGGGGCAGAGAGAGAGAGAGGGAGAGAGAGUCCCAAGCAGGCUCCAUGCUUUCAGCACAGAGCCAAAUGCAGGGCUCAAUCCCACGAACUCUGAGAUCAUGACCUGAACCAAAAUCAAGAGUCAGAUGCUUAACUGACUAAGCCACCCAGAUGCCCCAGCAACAAAGUAUUUUUUAGUUAAGGUAUGUACAUUGCUUUUUUAUUUUAUUCACUUAUUUUUAGAGAUUUAAAAAAAAAUUUUUUUUAAUGUUUAUUUAUUUUUGAGACAGAGAGAGACAGAGCAUGAACGGGGGAGGGUCCGAGAGAGAGGGAGACACAGAAUCUGAAGCAGGCUCCAGACUCUGAGCUGUCAGCACAGAGCCCGAC